AUUCAACAUUUCCACGGAAACCGCAACUAAAGAGCCAUUGUGGUUGGUUUGCGCUCGCUGGCCGCCGGACUUCUCGUUUAUUUAGAGAUCAGGACAGACAGGGUGGAUCGUGGAGAAACCGGCGGAGGGUUAAAGGAGGGUGGAAGAGAUAAGAGGGACACGCGUCGUUUAAGGAGUGGAAAGCGGGUGCCAGCUCAGCAUAAAAAUUUUAUUAUAUAAGGGCUCAUUUUGUUAUUUUCCUUUCAUUUUGCGGGGGAAGCUUUCGGGGUUUGCUCUCAAAGCUCUCAUCUUUCAGCUACUUGUGUGUCACUCCAUAAUGGAUGAACAUGACCUUCCAUUUAAAGUCAACGAUUUGGUAGAAGUGAGAUCUUAUAUUGCUGGUUAUCGUGGUGCAUGGUUUCGAUGCAAGAUUAAGUCAAUCGGACGAAGAAAUUGGGACACUACAUAUGCUUUGGAAUAUGUUGAUUAUCCUGAUGAAAAAGUGAAAUCUACAAAGAUAUAUCAAAAGUAUAGCAAAAGGGAAUCUAAAAGACAAUUGAUGGUGAGACCACCUUUUCCCAAGGUCUAUCAUGCAAGUCAGCUUCCCGACAUCAAAACCAUUUCGGAGCUGAUUGUAGUUGUUAAUGAUGUCUGGAAGGUGGGAGAUUCAGUAGAUUGGUUUACAGAUGGCUGUUUUUGGUGUGGAAGGAUAAAGGAAAUGCUGGGGAAAGAGAUGGCUCGAAUUGAGUUGCUACCACCUCCUGCUGGUGAAGGGUUAUCAUAUGAAGUUUACUGCAAAGAUCUGCGCCCGUCUUUGGAUUGGUCUCCAGUUGAUGGAUGGACAUUGCCCUCCAAGGGGAGUAAAAGCUAUCAUUCUUGUGUUCAUUUAAUGAAGCCACAAAGUCAAGUCAGUACUCUUAGUGAAGGAAAAGAGGGUGUUCUGGUGGAGGCUGGAUCAUUACUUCAACAUGGCAUUUCUAAUGCUUCUCGAUUUUCAGCUGGUGCUGAGCCAUUUCUGGAAAUGUCAGAACAAUCUACGAAGCCAGCAGCAAGUAGAAAGAAGAUAAGCACAUCAGAGGAAAUUUCCAACAAGUUGCCAGAUUCUGGCAAGAAAAAAUAUGAUGAGAGCGGACACUCAAAGAGGAUUAAAACGGAUGAAAAAAUUUGCUUGAAUUCUACACGCUCUGCUACAAUGGAAGCUGCGAUUAUAGAUCUAGAGGAACUGAUCAGCCGGGUUAAAUGGCUUAAGGGCAUCUUGGACCUUGGGACACCAACAUCAGAUACUGCAAGAUCAUCUUGGAAGUUUCAGGAACAUCGUCCAUCAGCCACCCCAAAAUGAGAGCCAUUGGAAAAACAGUAGAGAUAUUAUUGGCAUUGUAGCACUUGUGCAGAAAGUUUUGGUCGAACUAACACAUUUGGUAGUACCUUGAAAUUGCGGUCCCAGAAAAUUUGAGGUGAGGUGAUGCUUACGAAUUUUAAUUUUGAUUCUUUUUGUACAAAUAUAGUGAUGUAGUCUAGAAUCUACAGUGAUGAUGGUGUCACGUUAGGCUAUAGUUCUCUACCAUGAUCAAAUUUGUAAGAUGGGGGUAUUUCUGCAGCAGCCUUCGUAGCUUUAUUGCAAAAACCAUUUUAGGACCAACGUUUUUGUCUCACAUGCUGCAUGCUCCAGGGUAGAUGUUGCGUUUAAUAAGCAAAAACUGCUUUAAAAAAAUGGGCAUACAUAAAUCUGUAUCUUAGUUUUGCUUUGAUAGUUAUGGUUGUACAUUGUUAUUGACUCAAAUUUUGAGUAGAUCUGGAAAUGUGAAUGAAGCUCUAGGUUUUGUACAGUGCAAGACAAUUUGUGCUGUUAAAUUUCUUGGUAGUUCGUCACCUGAAAAGUUAAUUUUUUUCUACCUUUCUUUUUCCAAUUCAGACCCUUGGAUUAGGUGGGAGUCGUGGCGCCCACAGAUAGACCGAAAGGCUGCGUUAUUUUGCCUUUUGGUACAUGUGUGUGUCACCAUGUCUUUUGGCUGUGAUGGGAAAUGUUUGGAUUUCAAAGGUGACUGGAAAGUUGGACAGACGGAGAGACGUGACAUACUGCCUUACCAAAACGGACUAACAUUAAUCUUGGCGUCCACGUUAAUCAACAAUCAACAUGUAUAUAAAAAAGGUCACACGGCCGCCGACAGCUGCCGUCAAUUGUACUGGACUGUAGACUCAGAGUCAGUCAUAGCGACAGCACGCGCACGUUGCCCAAGAAACCUAACUUUUGUUUCUUUAAAUGGUUAUAAUUUGGGGUAAAGGAAAGGAAAUAU